AUGAACGUCAACUUCUCCUCCACCUCUCUCUUCACCAUCUACUCGGAGCUUGACCACGACGAGCAGGACGCGCGCCGCGCCUGGCUGCAGGACGUGGGCCGUGUUGUAAAGACGUCGGGCCCGCUGCUCCUCGCCAUCAGCGGCUCGGCGCUUCUGCCGCUGCCGUGCGCCUUUGGGCAGGCGGGCAUUCCGGGCGCCAGCGUACUCCUCGUCCUCACCGCCGCCGCCAACGACUACACGACGAUCCUCAUGGUCCGCGCGGCGUCGCGGCUCGGCGUCUCGUCUUACGAGGAGGCCGUCCUCGGGUCUGCCGGGAGGGCGGGACUGGUCGUGGCGCGCGUCUCGUUGGUGGUGCUCCUCUUCGGCACGCUGUGCGGCAAUCUCUCCGCAAUCUCAGAGACGGCCGAGCGCGCGCUCGUCCUCGCUGGCUGGACGCGGCUCGCGGCGCGACACGACGUCCUGCUCGCUGGAGCGACUGUGGUUGUGAUGCCGCUCUCUCUGCUGCAGCUGGGCGAGAUGGGGGGCAUCUCCCUCUUCGGUCUCGCGAUGAUGGUUGCGCUGCUCGGCUACCUCGCGCACGCCUGCCUGCACUCGCACGCGGCGCUCCGGCCCUACAUGCUCUCGCCGCAGCCCGCCGCGCUGCCGACCGCCGCCUCGACGUUCGGGUACGCGCUCUACGUGCAGCCCUGUGUGCCGCCGCUGCUGCGCUCGCUGCCGCCGGGCGAGCAGGGCCGCAAGACGCUCGAGCGCGCCGCGCACCUCACCUUUGGCGUGAGCGCGCUCUUCUACCUCCUCGUCGGCUGCAGCGGACUCCUCCUCUUCGACACGAAGACACCGCAAAACGCGCUGCAGGGCUUUGCUCACGCGAGUGCGGCGUCGCCGCGCACGGCGUCCGGCCUUCACUGCCCACGGGCAUCUCGGCUAGGCUUCUCCGGCGAGUCGGGCGCCCUCCUCUCCGGCUGCUUCUCCCUCUACCUCGCGCUCUGCUUCGCUCCCAUCGCGGCGCCGCUGCGCGAGACGCUGGUGCGGCUCGCCAAGGGAUCGACGGCGGCGAGCAUCCACACGAGCAAGCUUGCUCCCGCGAGCCCGCUGUCGAGCCGCGAGCUCUACCGCGAGUCCCUCUCGGGAUCGCCGCCGCUCGUGCUCAACAUGCACACGGCGCCGGCCGAGCUGCCGCCGCUCUCCAACGCCCUCGUCACCGCCUUCAUCGUCGGCGCGGCGCACGCGGUCGCGCGGCUCCUGCCCAACGCCCUCGUCACCGCCUUCAUCGUCGGCGCGGCGCACGCGGUCGCGCGGCUCCUGCCCAACGCCUCCGCCUCCAUCUUCGCCUUCACCGGCGCGACUGGCGUCGCGAUGGUGGCCUAUGUGCUCCCCGCGUGGACGCACAUGGCGGGCCCCCGCCGCAACCCGCGCCGCGCGCCCGCCACCGGCUCGAAUCUGCGCGCGUCGCGGCUGGAAGGGCGAACCUCUGACUCAGGCGGGCCGGCCGCUCGGCGCAGGAGGCGGCGGCCGCAGAUACUGCUGGCGCUGGUUGUGUGGUUGGGCCUCUUUGUCUCCGGGCUCACGCUGAGCGAGGUGGUGCGGCAGUGGAUGGGCGCAAAGCCUCCGCAAUGCGUCGUCGUCGCCGCCGCCGCCGACGGGUAG